AUGGACGACGAAGGCCACGUCGACGAUACCGAUAACGACGCUCGUAACUCUAUGCUCUACGUUGACCAGUUUCGUCACCAUCUCUCUCAGCUACAAGCACAGACAGACAGAAGUGGGUCGGACUAUAUCCCUCCAACAGGAUAUUGGACCCCCUCGGAGAAGGAUAUUUUCUUCCAUGCAUUAUCCGUAUACUCUACUCUACGGCCGGAUCUUAUUGCAGCGCAUCUUCCACACAAAUCCGUUGUCGAUGUAUGCGCAUAUAUCGACCUUCUUGCUGAGGCGUCUGCGAAGGACCAAAAUCACUUAUCACGAUGCGAUUUUAAUAUUUCUAUGGAAGUCUCAGAGGACUGGAUUCGAUUGGAAGAGGUAGAGGGGGCACAGUUGAGCAUACAUGAAGGGUCAUGGGAUAAUGCGGCGCAACGCAGAGCGAACCAAGAAUUCGUCCAUCAAGAGGAGACACGGUUAUUCGGUGACAAUACAGACCAUCGCCACCCUUUACGCGACGAGUUCGACUCUUGGAAGAGCACACACGAGGCUUCCUGGGCCAGACUGGACGCCCUGAAAUGCAUGACCCCCAAGCAGUUGACCGUCCUAGACAGCAUUCUUAGCCGAGACGAUGAUAGCGAAGAUACUUUCACGAUCGAACUGGCAGGGGACACGGUUUCUCUGGAACAGGUUAAGCCAGUUCAAACAGCCCCUUCCGUGUCGCCUGGGACGUCUGUAGCUGUCGCUGGCACAAGUCAAACGGGUGAUCGUGCGGUUGACCCCAUUCUAAUUGCAGAAUCUUCGGCCAUGGUAGCAGAGCAGUCGCCUGCAACCACCGCGUUGUCAUCGCUCACGCCACCGCCCCCUUCGCCGACACCCUCUCCCUCAAUUCCCGAUAUCGAACCUACUCCAGAUCUAUCUCAGCUCUCACCGAAAUCUCGACGGCGAUACCAGAAACGUUUGUACAUGAGGCGGAAGCGGGCCGAGGCGAACGGUGGAGAAGUGGUCCAUAACAUUGGAAAGCUUCGCCCUGGCCGAAAGCAAAAGUCGAUGCUCCCGAAGAAAAAGACUAUGGAAGAGAAGAUAAGUAACGAGUAUAUUCAAUCUGGGGAAGAAAGUUGCGAUAACGAAGAAGCACAAAGGCAGCUGAGCAAUAAUGAUCAUGGGACAACCACGCAGGAAAGGGAUGGUUCAUGCGGUCUCAGCACCCAAACGCCGGGAAACACGAGGUGUGCGGAGCAACAGGGUGAUGUAGAAGUCGAAGUUAGAGCCGCGGAGACAGAGUUUCAUCAUCGUCGUGCUUCAGGGAAAAUGGAAGCGGCAAAGUUCAAGCAGCUGCUUGAGGAGCGUGGCCUGCUUAACGUCUCUCCACUAGGCAGGCUCAUGAAGACGUACAAGUCUGUGUAUGAAGAACCAACAGAUCACCCCACAGUAAACACGACUAUAUCAGCUGAUACGUUUCGCCUGUUGCAUGCGAUCAUCGUAGAAUUUACGACCAACGUCAUUCGCCGUUCUAUCGUCUACCGAGAACAGGAUAAUCUUCUCAAAGCCAAUAGGAAAGUAUGGAAAGGUGAUAGAAACGUUGGUAUUCUCCGUAUCAUAAGUGAUGUUUUUCCCCAGCACAUAAAACAUGCAUUACACAUGAUGGGGAUGCCGCAUUUAUUGAACUUGAUGCGCUCUUUUGGAGGCGACGAGGAUGCAAUUGACGCGGAAAACGAAUCAGUCAUCGAUACAGAGUCGUCUAACGAAGCUGACGAGAAGGUUGAGGGUGAAGGCGGCAAGGAAGAAGAUUCGGAUAGUGAAUCCGAAGGAUCGAUUGAAUGCGACGAGCAAGAGGAUUCUAUGACCUUACCUCUGUAUCGCGAAAUGAACCCAGCAGUCAUUCGAUUAUCGUCAUAUUUGUGUUCGUCUUCGGAGGAUAUACUUAUGUCGUCUGACACGGACGAAGAGCUGUUAAUGGAAGAGCUGGAAGAGGAGUCUGAUCUAGACGAGCAGGACACAUUGUUAGAACAAAAGUACCAGCAGGAUCUAUGGGAUAUGGGAUUUCAACCGAUAGAGUAA